CUGUCCCAUUUACAGAAGUAAAAUUAGCAUGUUCUUCAGUCACCAUUUGGCUCAUGACUCAAUAUCACUAUAAAAAUCAUCUUAGUGGCUUCAUAGGUUCAGCUUCUUGUAGGAUACACCGAUGUGGAAGGCGUCAUUGGGAGGCUCUUGAGACCUAACUCAGUGUCCCCUGCUAUGUGGAUAUUUGUUAGCAAUGACUGAUGUGGAAACUACAUAUGCAGAUUUUAUUGCUUCAGGAAGAACAGGUAGAAGAAAUGCAAUACAUGAUAUCCUGGUUUCCUCUGCAAGUGGCAACAGCAAUGAAUUAGCCUUGAAGUUAGCAGGUCUUGAUAUCAACAAGACAGAAGGUGAAGACAAUGGACAGAGAAGCUCCACAGAGCAAAGUGGGGAAGCCCAAGGAGAAGCAGCCAAAUCUGAAAGCUAACACUCCCUUCUGACCGUCAACAACACCUGACAAUGUGGCAAAUCUUCUGGCGCUGCUUGGAUGUAUUUGCUGCCAUGGGUGAAAGGGAGGGGAAGAAAAUGGCUGUGCUGCGUGGCAAGAAGCUAUUCGUUGCCAUGUUAAAAGUGGGGGCCGAGCCGGUGUUUGCAGACAGCCUUCUUCCUACCUCUGUCAUUGGCAAUGGUUGAAAUCACCUGGCUGGAGCUCGGAUAUCAUUUUUGUAUGGGUCCUUUCACUUGACCGUAUAAUGAAAUGCUUGUAGAGAGUAGCACUGACGUAGCUGAUGAUUCCUGUAGCAUCUGGCCCCUCACGAUGUCAGAGGAUUUAAUUGUGUCUAAUUGAAAAGGGUUGGUUGAACCCCAGAGUUUAAAUAUCUCUGGCUGGAGUAUUCACCCAGUAAAAGAACCAUCCAGAGAGCACAGUUAGCGCUAUGUCCCUGUGUGUUAGUGCUGUGUUAUUCACACUGUUUUGUAUCGUACAGUAUACCUGCUCAGCACUGCCCUUUGAUUGCUUAUGUAAAAACAAUGAUGUACAUUACUGUGAAUUUUAUACUGCUCAUUUUUUAAAGGGCUGCCUUUUUAAUUUUCCAUAGUGUUGUGGCGUGCACGGGGCAGAACAUACUUUUGUAAACAAUACUUUCCCCUUGAUGACUGUGCACUGAUGAUUACAUCCGACAGACUCCCUGAGACCCCUCUGCUUUAUUAAACAGGCUUUUGGAAAUAUCCAUUCACAUGAAUAAUGCCUGAGUUCA